AUGUGCCAUAAGCUAAGGGUAGCAGCUAAGCAUGGUAGAGAGGCAAAUGUUGAGAGGAGGCAAGAUAGUAUGGGGAGGUUUUCAUCUCCUAUAGGUCUGAUUGGUGGAAUCUCAAAGAGGCCUGGGUUCAAUGCGAGCAGUUCCAAUUCUUUUGGAAGAAGAGGUUUUAGUCAAAGAUUGCAGUCUCAACCUGUGCAUAAAGAGUCAAUGCAGAGGGGUAGAGGUGUGAGAAUUAGGCCUCCACAGUAUUCAAAGCAAGCGUCGAAUGUUCCAGCUCUGACUCUAAGAUUUUCCCAGAUAGCUUCUUCUUUAACUAAACUAACUCGAAAAUAUCAGCCUUAUAUAUGGGACGACUGGUGUAAAGUGGCAUUUCAGAAGCAAAAAGAGAAAUUGCCCAUGGCACCAGUGUUGAUUAUCUCUAAUCUAAGGUUACCUUACGAGGUAUACACGGAUGCGUCUUUAAAAGGUCUUGGUUGUGUCUUAAUGCAAGAUAGUCAAGUUGUAGCCUAUGCUUCACGACAAUUGAGACCAAAUGAGGAAAACUAUCCUACGCAUGAUUUAGAGCUUGCAGCAAUGAAGGAAUUGAGAAUGGCACAGUUAGAAGAUGAAAGUCUCUUGAGGGUUAGAAAAGAGAUUGAAGUAGAUCAAGCUGUUGAUUUUGGAUUUAGUGAUGAUGGUUUUGUGGUUUACCGGGAUAGGAUUUGUGUGCUUGACGAUGUAGAUCUAAGAAGAGUUAUCUUGAAUGAGGCUUAUUGUAGCAAGUACAUCAUUCAUCCGGGAGUUAUAAAGAUGUAUCAAGAUGUAAAGCGGUAUUGGUGGUGGCCUGGUAUGAAGAAAGAUGUAACAACGUUUGUAACUCGAUGUUUAACCUAUCAAAAGGUUAAGAUAGAGCACUAA